AUUAAAUUCAAAAUGAAAUUAAGAUUCUUAGUGCUUUCAGCACUCUUGGCUCUCUCUACUUGUGAGAUUGGGCAUAGUAAUAUGGAAGAUGCCGCAAACCCAGAAGAUAUCUCUGCAUUUAGAGCCAUGCAUGACAAUGACGAUCAUGUCCUAUUUUUCCAUAAUAGUGGAGAUAAAAAUGAUGAAGGAUUUUUCCAAAGUAUCUUUGGAAUAUUCGGCCAAAAUAGUGAAUUAGAUGAAGAGUACCAAAAGAUUCUAUCUGACAAGUACCCAACUCUUGAGGUUGAUACAAGCAAACAGCCUCUUAAGAAUGUCAAAGAUGAUUUCAAGAUAAAAGAGUUGCCAUAUGUCAUUGCAUAUCACAAAGGUAAAGAAAUAUGGAGAGAACAGCCAUCAAAGGAUACUACUGGAAUCAUUGAAAAUAAAAUCAAGGAGCAAGAUAAUGCAAAAGUUGAAACUUACAAAAAAACUGAUACUACAGCAGAAAACCAAAAAAGAGUUCCUCCACCAACCACCACAACUCAAGUUCAGAAUCAGCAGAAGCUAAAUGAAGAGCAAAGGAAACAGCAACUUGCAAAUCAAAAAAGGCAGCAAGAGGAAUAUGAGAGAAAACAGAGAGAAGAAUACGAAAGAAGACAAAGAGAAAAUCAGAACAGAAAGAAAACUUCAAACAAUGGAGUGAUCGAUAAUUCCUAUGUCGAUCCAUUUGAUCAGAAUAAGCAUUACAAGCUAGAUGAUUCAAUUCAAGAUAAUGAUUCUAGCUAUAGCAAUGGGUAUAGCAAUGGAUAUGGAUACCAAAAUGGAUAUAAUAGCUAUGGAAGUAAUGAUGCUACUUCGGUGAAUAGAGGAUAUUACCAAAAUGGUGAAUAUGUCUCCCAACCAUAUUCUUACUCAUCUCAACCAGUUAAUACUUAUGCAACACAACCUUCUACUACAUAUGUAUCCCAACCAACAACAACAUACGUAUCUCAACCAGCGACAACAUAUGUAGCACAGCCAGAUACCUCUUUUGUAGUCCAGCAAGAUGUCAACUAUGUACCUCAACCAGCAAAUACUUAUGUAGUUCAAUCAACUGAUUAUCCUCCACAACAAACUACCUAUGUUGUUCAAUCAAACGAUAAUACAGCCCAACCAAUUAACUACUCUACUCAACCCGCUCCCAAUUAUGUAGCCCAGCCCUCUACUACUUACGUUACUCAACCCACAAACUAUGUAGUCCAACAAGACACAUACAAUCCUCAGCCACAAACAGUCUACGUUCCCCAACAACCCACCCCCAACGCACAACAAACAACUUACGCUUCCCAAGGCCAACAAUAUAAUCCUCCUCAGCAACAAGCCAACUACGCUUCGAACAAUAACAUCUAUGCAAGCAGUGCACCCGUUCAGAAUAAGAAUAAUGAAGCCUCCUGGAGAAAUGAUGCUUCCUGGAAAAGUGACGCUUCCUACUACGCAAUUGGAGGCUCAGUUGGUAUAGCUGAAGUUGCUGAUUUUGAACAAGGAGUUGAAUUGAAUUAAUGAU